CCGCAUGUUUGUUUACAAACUUUUGAACAAGUAGCUACCUAUUUCAAAAUGAGUUUCAAAAAUUAUAAAGAUAAAAUAGAUGAGGGUGAUACAGUUAUUUUAUACCUAAGUAACAAUCUAUACGCUAUAGAUGUGUGUCGUGAAAUAAAAAAUAAAAAAGGUGAAAUGGUAGAUAAUGUUUUUCAAACACCUUUUGGUGCCUUGAAGGUUAGGAAUCUAAUUGGAGCUGAAUAUGGGAGUCGGGUGGAACUAUCUAAAGGCUGGGGCCAUGUACUGCAGCCUACUCCAGAGCUGUGGUCUCUGACGCUGCCCCAUCGGACACAGAUUAUCUACACUCCGGACAUCAGUAUGAUCAUGUUGCAACUUGACUUGGUGCCGGGAAGUGUGGUUAUUGAAGCAGGUACUGGAAGUGGAUCAUUGACUCAUGCCCUCAUUCGUCGAGUGCGGCCUCAUGGGCACGUCUACACAUUCGACUUCCAUGAGCACAGGGCCAAAUUAGCCAGAGAAGAGUUUGAAGCCCACGGGAUAGCUGAGUUUGUUACUGCGCAGCACAGAGACGUCCUGGCCGAGGGUUUCGGCGAGGAGCUCAAAGGCAAGGCUGAUGCCGUCUUCCUGGACCUUCCGAGCCCUUGGACCGGGGUGCCGCAUGCCGUGGCCGCUAUGAAGGAAGAAGGCGGUCGAUUCUGCUCAUUCUCGCCUUGCAUAGAGCAAGUGCAGCGGACCUGCUCAGCGCUGCAAGACCACGGCUUCGAGGAGCUGACGACGAUGGAAGUGCUGCAGACCGAGCUCAAGGUCACCAGGAGGACUGUUCCUGUGAGGGACUUGUCCUUCUUGAGACACAAGAGCUCCGAAAAGCCGGUGGAAGAGAAACCAAGCGGAGACACCACUUUCGUGGUGGCCGCGUGGCCGACCAGCUCUCCCGGCCACACAGGAUACCUCACCGUGGCUACACUACCUCCGAUGUUCGCUAGAAGUAACAAAAAAGGUGCCAAGUCUGAAAUCAGUGUAGAAAAAAAUGAAACUGGAAAUGGAGAAAAAAUGGCUAUCGACGAGGCAAAUAAUGAUUAAGAGCAAUUUGUACAUUAGAAUAAAUUAAUAAAAGGA